UUCAUACCGAAGCGGUUGUUUCGAUAUAAUUCGGCGCAAUUAAUUCACAUAAAUGAUUAAAAAGUUUUUGGUUUCAUUAUAAAUAAAUAGUAAAUCAUUCAUUUAGUAAUAAUGUGGUAGUAAAAAUGAUAAGAGCUUUCAAAUAAUUAGCUUCAUUUUUAAAUUUCGGAGAACGCAUUACUGUUAAAUAAAAUAUUUCUUUUAAAACGUAUUAUUUACGCGUUGCUUUUGGAAAAUGGGAGAUGAUAGUGAUAGUGAGCAUGAAGCAGUUUUAAAUAUACUGCGUAAACGAAGCGCAUUCAUUAAGGCACAACGAUAUUUAGAUAAUGCUUACGGUACCAGGCGGACGGAUGCUGAACUCAGUAAUGUAGCGUGCCAACGUGCCGUAGUUACAACAAAUACCGACACGAAGCUGUCCAUAACCGAAACAGGAAGAGGGACUUCAGAUACAAGCAGAAAUGGUGCAAAUAUUUGCAAAAGUUUGCCGGUAAAUCCAAACGUUUCCAGGUUUUUUGAUGCUUUUUCAGGCUCAAUGGCCUCUGGGCCACAAUAUGAACGAUUGGAACAGAACUUUAUUCCAUCAGCAACUAAACAAGAAUAUGGAAAUAAUUUAGCUUCAGAAAAUAAAGUAUCUGAUGCUACUAAUAAUCAAUUGCAUGUAACUGCAGGAAAAAAGAACAAAAAUAAAAGGAAGAAGAAAAAGGCAAAAAGGGAUAAAUCCGUGACGCCCUCAAACACUAAUAUAUGCAACGAGGAACCAAAAGUAAUUCUAGACUAUCGCACUAAUAAUGCUUUGCAACAGCCUAUAAUCAAACAGAAAAGUCCAAUCAAUAAAUCAAAUGCAAAAACUUAUUCCAAUACAACUUUAAGUUUACCAAAAAGCGAUGGAAAUAUAAAUCAAUUCGGCAAAAUAAAACGACCUAAUAAUGCGGCAAAAAAUGCAGCACCAACCAACUUGAAUUUGAGUACUAAUCAAUCCAAUGAACAACUAAAAAUGUUGCCCAAAACUGAUGAACGCAGCACAAAUACACAAUUAUCAACAGAUGAACAGAAUAAGCCAAUCAGAAAAACGAUUGCAAUAAAUAGCCUCAAUACUACUCGAAGUUCGCGAUUAACACAACAAAUUGAGUUAUAUUACAAAAGAACUGUUGAAACCCAUUUCACAAAAGAUGACCAAUACAUGUCGUCGACUAAUCGCGAUUCUAAUAACCCAUUAAAUGAUAAUAAAAACGCAACAUUGACGCAUUCAAAUACCAACGUGUUUAACGAGCAACAAAAAAUGUGUGUUGAAAAUACAUAUAAUGGAAGUGAGCAAAUGUUCACCAAUAAACCAAAUACAAAAACUAACUCCAAUACUACUCAAAGUUUAACAACAAAUAAACAAGUGGAUUUAUAUUAUAACAGAAAUCAGGGAAAAGAUUUAACAAAACUGGAAGGAAAUGAUUUAUCUUCCAAUAGGUCACCAUAUGAUGAGAAAGCUACAUCAGCUAUAUCCUUAAAUACCAACUGUUUAAGCCAACAAGAAAAAAUGUUUGUCAAAGAUAUACAUAAUAGAGAUGCACAGCGCCCGAAAAAAGAUAUACAUACUAAUUCCAAUGGUACUCAAAGUUUACCAAUAAAUGAACAAGUGGAUUUAUAUCAUAAAAGAAAUCAGGAAAUAGAAUUUAAUAAAACUCAGAGCCACACACAAUCGAAUGAUCCAUCUUCCUUUAAGCCAACAUAUGAUCAGAAAGCUACAUCAGCCAACUAUUCAAACCAACAAGAAGAAAUGUUUGUCAAGGAUAUACAUAAUAGAAAUGCACAGCGCCCGAAAAAAGAUAUAAAUAGUAAUUCCAAUGCUACUCAAAGCUUACCAAUAAAUGAACAAGUGGAUUUAUAUCAUAAAAGAAAUCACGAAAUAGAAUUUAAUAAAACUAAGAGUUGCACACAAUCGAAUGAUCCAUCUUCCUUUAAGCCAACAUAUGAUCAGAAAGCUGCAUCAGCCAACUAUGCAAACCAACAAGAAGAUAUGUUUGUCAAAGAUAUACAUAAUAGAAAUACACAGCGCCAGAAAAUAGAUGUACCUAGUAAUUCCACACCUACUCAAAGCUUACCAAUAAAUGAACAAGUGGAUUUAUAUCAUAAAAGAAAUCACGAAAUAGAAUUUAAUAAAACUAAGAGUUGCACACAAUCGAAUGAUCCAUCUUCCUUUAAGCCAACAUAUGAUCAGAAAGCUGCAUCAGCCAACUAUGCAAACCAACAAGAAGAUAUGUUUGUCAAAGAUAUACAUAAUAGAAAUACACAGCGCCAGAAAAUAGAUGUACCUAGUAAUUCCACACCUACUCAAAGCUUACCAAUAAAUGAACAAGUGGAUUUAUAUCAUAAAAGAAAUCAGGAAAUAGAAUUUAAUAAAAUUAAGAGUCACUCACAAUCGAAUGAUCCAUUUUCCUUUAAGCCAACAUAUGAUCAGAAAGCUACAUCAGCCAACUAUGCAAACCAACAAGAAGAUAUGUUUGUCAAAGAUAUACAUAAUAGAAAUGCACAGCGCCCGAAAAAAGAUAUACAUACUAAUUCCAAUGCUACUCAAAGUUUACAAAUAAAUGAACAAGUGGAUUUAUAUCAUAAAAGAAAUCAGGAAAUAGAAUUUAAUAAAACUCAGAGCCACACACAAUCGAAUGAUCCAUUCUCCUUUAAAUCAUCAUAUGAUCAGAAAGCUACAUCAGCCAACUAUGCAAACCAACAAGAAGAUAUGUUUGUCAAAGAUAUACAUAAUAGAGACGCACAGCGCCCGAAAAAAGAUAUACAUACUAAUUCCAAUGCUACUCAAAGCUUACCAAUAAAUGAACAAGUGGAUUUAUAUCAUAAAAGAAAUCAGGAAAUAGAAUUUAAUAAAACUCAGAGCCACACACAAUCGAAUGAUCCAUUUUCCUUUAAAUCAUCAUAUGAUCAGAAAGCUACAUCAGCCAACUAUGCAAACCAACAAGAAGAUAUGUUUGUCAAAGAUAUACAUAAUAGAAAUACACAGCGCCCGAAAAAAGAUAUACAUAGUAAUUCCAAUGCUACUCAAAGUUUACCAAUAAAUGAACAAGUGGAUUUAUAUCAUAAAAGAAAUCAGGAAAUAGAAUUUAAUAAAACUAAGAGUCACACACAAUCGAAUGAUCCAUUUUCCUUUAAAUCAUCAUAUGAUCAGAAAGCUACAUCAGCCAACUAUUCAAACCAACAAGAAGAAAUGUUUGUCAAGGAUAUACAUAAUAGAAAUGCACAGCACCCGAAAAAAGAUAUACAUAGUAAUUCCAAUGCUACUCAAAGCUUAUCAAUAAAUGAACAAGUGGAUUUAUAUCAUAAAAGAAAUCAGGAAAUAGAAUUUAAUAAAACUCAAAACCACACACAAUCGAAUGAUCCAUCUUCCUUUAAGCCAACAUAUGAUCGGAAAGCUACAUCAGCCAACUAUGCAAACCAACAAGAAGAUAUGUUUGUCAAAGAUAUACAUAAUAGAAAUACACAGCGCCCGAAAAAAGAUAUACAUACUAAUUCCAAUGCUACUCAAAGUUUACCAAUAAAUGAACAAGUGGAUUUAUUUUAUAAAAGAAAUCAGGAAAUAGAAUUUAAUAAAACUAAGAGUCACACACAAUCGAAUGAUCCAUCUUCCUUUAAGCCAACAUAUGAUCAGAAAGCUACAUCAGCUAUAUCCUUAAAUACCAAUCAUUCAAAACAAGAAGAAAUGUUUGUCAAAGAUAUACAUAAUAAAGAUAUACAGCUCCCAAAAAAAGAUAUUAAAAUUAAUUCCAAUACUAAUCUAAGCUUGCCAGUAAGUGAACAGGUUGAAUUAUAUUAUAAAAGAAACCAGCAAAAUGAAUUAAAUAAACCUGGCAGUCACAUACCAUCGGCAAAUUCAGUUUGCAAUACAUCAUCUAAUGAUAUUACAACGAAAUUGCCCGAUUCAUUAAAUGUGACUUAUAAUAGCAACAAUAACUCACUAAGUGCCACAGGAAGUCUAUCACAAAUGAAAACAUUGCCGCCUAUAAGAAAUUCCUCAAAUAUUAACGCACUUAGAAGUGCACACAGGCCAAUGAUUGACAAUGAACGGGCACCACGAGUUAUGAGAAGGAAACGUAUAUUACCAGAGCCAUCAAAGUGUUUAGAAAAAAUAGAUAAAAUACUCCAGUCUGCAGAUGCUCAAUAUAGUGAGAUAAGCCGUUUAAAAAUGUCUUCUGAAAUAAGUUCAGAAUGUUUUAGAACUUCAGAUAUACGAAGUUUACGUCCCGCAAACCCCAAUUCAGUAAGCAACACUAAAGUAGCAGAACCGUCAAUCUAUCAGAGAGCAGUUGAUAAAUUAAUAAGCUUAAAGAACUCCAUUACUCAGUCUCUUACAAAAGAUACAAGUAAUGAACAAAAACCAAGUUCUGGUGAUACAGAUAUUUGCCUAUAUAAUAUGCGCUCCAUCAAGCCAAAUAAUCUAAUAUUGGCACACUCAAAAACUGAUUGCAUUUCCUUAGAGAAAUUGAAGGAUAUGAGCUUUUAUAAAGAUAUUUCAGAUGGAAUGCUAAAUUUACAUUUUAAUAAAGUUUAUCCUUCCCAAUCAUAUGCUUGGCCACAUCUGCUGCGUGGUAACUCCAUCUGUAUUAUAAAUUCACCAAAGACUGGUAAAACUUGGUGUUAUUUACCAGCUAUUUGCCAGCUUAUACGAUAUAGAAUAGAAACCGGCCGUGUGUUGAGUUCGUUGGGUCCAUUGGCUAUUGUCUUGUUAUCAAAAUCAUCAGACAUCGAAAUGAUAUGCAAAUAUUUUAACAUAUUAUUGCAAACUACAAAUCUAAAAUCAAUUUGUGUUCCUUGUUUUGGGGCACGAGAUCAUAGCGCAGUAAAAAUGCAACUAUUAAAUGGUUGUGGUAUUUUAGUGACCACACCAGCAAGUUUAAAGUGUUUAUUGGAGGAUCAUCAGAAAGCUGCGCUAUUUGAUUCAAAUAGAUUGUGUCAUUUUGUUGUUGAUGGUAUUGACGAAAUGAUAAACAAUUCCAAUAACGAUGUUGAAUUCGUUGUCAAGAAAGUUUUAAGCAUAGCUAAAAAGGAAGUCCUACAAAUUGUUAUAACAUCUUGUGUGUGGACUCAUCAACUGAUUAGUCUUUUGAAACGUUCAAAUGAGAUGUUACUUUUAUUUGGUGACUUGUUUGAAGCGGCAUUUUAUGCCAAAACUAAUAUCACAAUGAAAUUACAUUCGUCUGAAAUGAAAAUAAAGUCUAUUCUCAAAUAUUUGGAGUCGAAUAGCAGCAGCGUUAAUCGGACUUUAAUCGUUUGUGAUAGUGAAGAAGAUGUUGAGUAUGUAGCAAACUCACUCAAGAACUGCGGAUGCAUUGCUAUAGGAUUUAACAAAAACUCUUCAAUAAACAUACUUAAUUUGGUUUCCGAAUGGAUAUCAAUGAACUCAUAUUCACAAGUGCUCGUUUGCACUGAUAUAACACUAAGCGAAUUAUCGAAGUUGCAGAAUGUUCAAACACUUAUACACUACUCGUUGCCCUCAACAUGGGUAGCUUUUACGAAUCGGUUUGCAACAAUGCUCAAAUCAUUCCAUAACUUUAUUGAAGGCAGUUUUGCUCGCACUUCAUUUGAGAAGGAGACAAGAUCAUUGAUUUUAUUAGAUGAGAACACUAAGGAAGAAAUUGUGCGCUUAGUUGAAAUUAUGCAGAUGCAUGGAUGUAACAUCAGUACAGAGAUUUUGAAUGUUACAGAGCUCACAUUAAAAGAAAUCCAUAAAAGUAGGAAUUAUUAUGGUCAGCAAAUAUGUCCUAUUUUGUUGGAAUGUGGAAUGUGUGCUAAAUCGAAUUGUAGUUAUCGACAUUAUUUAAAUCAAUAUGACAAAAUGGAUGCUGUACCAAUAUUUGGCGAUUUACGUAUUGUUGUACUGAAGGUUUAUUCACCAACACAUUUUGUUGCUCGCCUUUUAGAGCACCGAAGUAAUACAGCCGAGGACUGGCAGCAAGUUUGUCGUUCAAGUGAAGUAUCAUUAUUUUUAAUGCAACUGGACUAUUAUUACCAAAACGAAGAAAACUUGGUUACACAUAAUUCGCCACAAAUCAACGAUAUAUGCAUAUAUAAAAUUGCGAAUAAUUUUCAUCGGGCUAAAGUUAUCGGUACACAUAAAACACUGAGCAAAGAUAGAGCAAAGAAUAAGGUUACGAUUAAAUUAAUUGACAUUGGCACGACUACAACUCUUUAUUCUAAUAUGCUUUAUGUAUGCGAUGAUAAAUUCAAAGAUUUUCCAGCACAAGCAAUCGAUAUUCGUUUGCUUAAUAUUGCUCCAUAUGAGAAUGGGGGCAGUUGGGACAAUACACCCACAAAAGUGGCAAACAAGUUUAUGACACAAUUAAAGGAAACCGAAGUCGUACAUGUUAAACUUAAGUUCGCUUUCGCGAAUUGCAUUUGGAUCGAUAAUGUGUAUGUGCUGAAUUUCCUAAAAUGCACACGGAUUUGGGUGCAUACCGACAAUUUAAAAAAUAUUUUACUUCGUCAAAAAUUGGGUGUAGUCGACACUAAAAUUGAAAGUAGACUUCGCAAACUUGGUGAAGAAAAUGAUGUAAUAAUUAACCAUACAAUUCAAGGUACAAAUUCAAAUAACGACAAUUUUGAUACACCCUUGACACCAACAGAUACAGAAGCUAGUACAGAAAGUACUUUGAACUCAGCUGAAACUAAUUCCACAGACAACAAUGAAGGGAUUGAUUACGGAAACGGCACGAACGAUGAUGAUUUCAAUGAUAAAUUGUGCAAUUCAAAAGUGAAAUCAAUUGAAAAAUGGUGCCAUAUAUCAUUUAAUGAAUUGAUUAAAGUUCAAUUAGGUGAUUGGAAGGGCAAUGAUAAUUGGUCAGAAAUCUAUGUACAACUUGAUGAACCCGAAUUUAGAGAGAAUUUUAUGGAAUUAUCAAAAAUGACCAAAGAAUUUGUUAAUAAAUUCAAAAUAGAUUCGAAAUAUAUAUUUCCAGAUCAUCUUCUGGUUCCAUCUAGUGACUGCAUUCUAAAAUAUGAUGAAAAAUAUUUACGUGCAAAAUUAUAUAAUGUUUUUGAAAAUGAAGUUGGAGAGAAAAUGUACUGUUUCUUCUUCUGUGAUUACGCUUGCUUCAUUACAGUCAAUAAAGACAAAUUAUACAAUGACUUUCUAUAUGAAACGACAAAUGAAAUAGUCGAUUAUAUGCCCUUUCAAGCUAUACACUGCAAGUUAAGUGGCAUGGAUGAAAAUUGCUCAUUUAUAGAUAUAACAAAAGAGUAUACAUUUGUAAGUGCUAUUGCCAAAUGUUCUAAUGAGAUUUUAAAUAUAAAUUCAUAUGAAGUUUUACUCUACGAAUCUGAUUCUUUAGAUAAUGUGCAAUUUAUGAAGUUGCUAAAUUCAAAUAAUAAUCGCAAUGAUAAAAUCGAAAAAGAUGAAUGUGAAAUAAAGAAAUCUAAAAUUGGAUAUAAUGAAAUAUUAGAAAUUUUUCAGAAUUGCUUAGCCAUGGAUGAAGCAGAAACACAGGACUACGAAAGUUAUAAGAAAAUAAAAAUAAAACCUGAUCAAGUGCAAACUGAAAAUAUUAGCAAAUCUGCAAAUUGCGUUGAUCUGAAGGAAAGCAAAGGAAAUGAAGAAGUGAAUUCCAUUUAUGAAAAUAAGUAUCAAUCAUUCACCGAUUUACCUACGUUGAAAUCAUCUUAUAAAUGCCCAUAUACUAUUUGGUAUCAGACCGAUGUAUUUAUAUUUUUGAAUAUUAAUGCGCCUGACGUUAGAAAAUUUAGCAUUGACGUUACGAAUAAAACUUUAAUUUUUACUGCUGAUUUAGAGAAUGAGAAACUCUUAUUAACCUUAAACUUUUUUGGAAUCAUUAAUCCCAAUUAUUAUUAUGAAGUACGUGGCUUAAAUUUGGUUGUGCGUUUAGUUAAAAGCGUUCAUAUGAAUUGGCCACGUUUAAUCGAACAAAAUUGCAAAUUUCCGUGGCUAAGCUAUAAUAUAAAUAAAAUUGACAUAAAAGAAAAUGAACUUUUGCAAGAUUUUGAAAAAAAUGACAGUACGAGAAAAUCCAGCAAUGAAGAGGAGAGUGAACUGGACAGUGAGGAUGAUAAUGAAGCAUAUAGUGAAUUGAAAAUUAAAGACUAUAUUGACAAUUAAUAACUAUUUUAUAGCCAUAAAAAAAAAUUAUUGCUACUAGUAAUAAGCAACGUAUUGGAUUUCUUUGCUGUUCGAAAAUGGUGGUAUAGAAGAAGUGCGAAUGAUAAUGAUGUAUAUAGAGAAUAUAAAUUAAACGCUAUAUUAACUAUGAAUAAAUAUUUAACUGCGGUAAGAAAAGAAAUUGUCACUAUUAGAGAUAAGCAAAAUAUUUGAUUUAUUUGUCAUAUGAACUAUUCGAAUAUUCAAAAAAUAGUCUGAAUUAUUCGAAGAACAUAUUAUCAAAUCACUAAAAAAAAUUACAUGCUUCCAAAUAUAUAUGAGAAUUAUUUAACUUUAAUUUCAAACGGAUUUUUAGCUAUUCGAAUAAUUCAAACUAUUUGGUCCUACAUGAGCGUGUACCGAAACUUUUUCGUUAUUGAAUAUAUUAGGUAUGUUCCACAAGCUACUCGUAGUAACUUUAAGUAACAC